UUUAUAGAAGCAGACUUACGGCAGAAACUGGAGCACGCCAAAGAAACCACCGAGGAAGCAAAGGGAACCCUGAAGGAUUUCACGGCUCAGAGUACCCAAGUGGAGAGGUUUGUCAAGGACAUAACAACGUGGCUGAUCAACGUGGAGGAAUCGCUGGCCAGGUGUGCCCAAACUGGGACUUGUGAAGGGCUGAAGAAAGUCAAGGACAUACAAAAAGAACUUCAAAGUCAACAAAAAAACAUCAGCUCCACCCAAGAAAAUCUCAACGGUCUGUGCCGGAAGUACCACUCAGUGGAGUUGGAGAGCCUGGGCAGGGCAAUGACUGGGUUAAUAAAGAAACAUGAAGCCACAAGCCAGCUAUGCUCCCAAACCCAGGCCAGCAUGCAGGAGUCUCUGGAAAAACACUUCAGUGAUUCUAUGCAGGAAUUCCAAGAAUGGUUUUCAGGAGCAAAAACAGCAGCCAGAAACUCUUCUGAUCUAACUGGUGAUAGCCAAGUUCUAGAAGCCAGGCUCCAGGAUCUUCAG